AUGGACGGUUACAAUCAGAAUCAGAACCAAAACCAAAAUCAAAGUCAAAGCCAGCAACCACAUCAGCCGCCUCUGAAAAAGUAUAUGACGCAGAGGCGGUCAGUAGAUGUAAGUUCACCCUAUAUCAACCUAUAUUACAACAGACGACAUGGGCUAGCGAACCCAGUGGUGGAGCCAGAAACUUCAUACACGAUAGAUAUAAUGCCUCCCAACGCCUACAGGGUUCGAGAUCGAGUAAUCAAUCUUCCCAGCAAGUUUACCCAUUUAAGCUCUAAUAAAGUAAAGCAUGUCAUACCGGCCAUCCAGUGGACCCCUGAAGGUAGAAGACUCGUAGUGGCAACGUAUAGUGGGGAAUUCUCUUUAUGGAACGCAUCAUCUUUUACAUUUGAAACUCUUAUGCAAGCGCAUGAUUCAGCUGUAACCACGAUGAAGUAUUCACAUGAUGGUGAUUGGAUGAUUAGUGGUGACGCCGAUGGGAUGAUCAAGAUAUGGCAACCGAACUUCAGUAUGGUAAAAGAGAUUGACGCAGCACACACAGAAAGCAUCAGAGAUAUGGCAUUCAGUAGCAAUGAUUCGAAAUUCGUUACUUGUUCAGAUGACAAUAUUUUGAAGAUUUGGAACUUCAGUAACGGUAAACAAGAGAGAGUACUAUCAGGGCACCAUUGGGACGUAAAAAGUUGUGAUUGGCAUCCCGAGAUGGGGUUGAUUGCCUCGGCAUCUAAGGAUAAUUUGGUUAAACUAUGGGACCCCCGUUCAGGAAAUUGUAUUUCGUCAAUUCUAAAAUUCAAACACACUGUUUUAAAGACGAGAUUUCAACCUACCAAGGGGAAUUUAUUAAUGGCAAUUUCAAAGGAUAAAUCUUGUCGUGUAUUUGAUAUCAGAUAUAGCAUGAAGGAACUGAUGUGUGUAAGAGAUGAAACUGACUAUAUGACAUUAGAAUGGCAUCCAAUAAAUGAGUCUAUGUUCACUUUGGCAUGCUAUGAUGGAUCGCUAAAGCAUUUUGAUCUUUUGCAAAAUUUAAACGAGCCUAUUUUGACUAUACCGUAUGCUCAUGAUAAGUGCAUCACUUCGUUAUCAUAUAAUCCGGUGGGCCAUAUAUUUGCUACUGCAGCAAAGGACAGAACUAUAAGAUUUUGGACAAGGGCAAGACCAACCGAUCCCAACGCUUACGAUGACCCGACGUACAACAACAAGAAGAUAAAUGGUUGGUUUUUCGGUAUCAACAAUGAUAUAAACGCUGUGAGAGAGAAGAGUGAAUUUGGUGCUGCGCCACCUCCACCUGCUACACUUGAAGCACAUGCGCUACCAAAUACGCAUGGUUUCAUUACUUCAAAGACACCUCGCCAAGAAAUUCCCGGUAUCGAUUCAUCAAAGACCAAAGGUUCUACUUUACCUGGUCUAAGCAUAUAA